AUGCCCGGGAUUUUCUCGUGGAAGAAUCGAAUUCUUGGCCGGAAAACUCCCGAACCAGAGAGAGCAAAACAUGUGACGGUGGUAAGUGAGCCGCUCGACAUGGAUUUGCAUAAUCAAGCACCGAGAAGGAGUGUCCGCUUCAAUGACACCCGGAAUAAAUUCGGCCAAUAUAAUGUUUCCGAGUGGCAGAACGAAUACGGUGAAGUGCGUCUGAUUGGUUCAGUCGCCCACAACAAUAACAGUGAAAUUUCAGGUAUGGAGAAAUGUGAGCAACCGUCUUCGAACUGGAGAUAUGCCGAGUCGUCGGUGAUUGCUGACGAACCACCACCGGCGCAACACUAUAGCACACAGGUCUCAACCAAAGCUGGUCAUGCAUUGCAGCUUCUCCGUGAACGAGUAAGUUUUUCUCAUGAAGCGAGACGGACCACGACAUUUCCACCCGUAGCAGCCCGUCCGGUAACCCCGGUGAUGAGUAUUCCGUCGGAGUACGGGAUGAACUCUUCCAAUAGGUGGGAAGUCGUCCGUAAAGAACAAUUGAAUGGCGAUUUUGGCUCUAUGGGGCGACGACUGGAACAGAUGAACGUCGUUUUCCUGCAGGCAAAUGACGAGGUCAAACGGACCAUUCUUCCACCAGAGGUUAGUCUUGAGCAAGUGAAGAUGGCAUUCGUGAGAGCAUUCCCGAACAUUCCGAGACACUAUAUCGAGCAGCCAUCGGUUAAGAUCUACAUACAGGAACCGUCCAAAGGACAGCUGUUCUAUGAGCUCGACGAUCCAAGCGAUAUUCGGAACAAGUCCGUACUGAAGCUCCGAGACCACACGAACACCGGCAUGCAAUCUCCUGUGCGAUUUCUCGACCAACGAGACUUCCUGGCUGAUUUUGAAAGUGACAUUAGUAGACAGAGAUGCCUACCACAGACUCGUCCAGCAUCAGCUAUGGCACACUCAGACUGUCGCAAAAUUUCACAUAAACCAUACGAUCCGUAUGACUCAACAGGAAGCGAUACAAGUAACAACGACUCGAGGUGCCCGACACGCAGUGGAUCGGCCACACCGGUUAUCGACAGGGAAUCUAGGGUUCGAAUGGAGACGAUGGAACGUCAGCUGGCCGGCUUGUCCAGCCUUGUGCACUCAGCAUUGGUUAGCAAAGGAAUGAGUGAGAGCAAUCGAAAACACAUGGCUGAUCUCCGAAGAGAGAUCAUGGCGCUGCACACGGACUCCGAACGAGCCGCCUCGGAAGAGCCGCCGUCACUGCCGGACAGCGUAUCGACACACGCUCAGCAUCAACUCGAGCACAUCCGCCACAAGCUCCAGCAGGCUAGCACCGACAUGAAGCAGUUGCGACGCACCGCACAGGUGAAUGCUCAGCAUGCACGAAAUUACAUACGCGAAGCAGCGGAAGAGAUUAUUCGACUAGUAAAUCGGAAGGUUUCGCUCACGGUCUCACCUACAGAAGCUCUGUUGGCAAGAAGCGACACCUCGUUCUUAACAUUACGCUUGUGGUCACAAAGUUUCAGGAAGUUCGAGAAUAACGUGGAGACUGUCAGGAACAGUGUUUUAACAAGCAACAGAAAGCUUAAGAUGUCUGAGGUUGAACUACUCACAGAGGGUCUCACACAAAUUGGAAGGGAAGCCGCAUCUCUGAAAACGGACUUCCCAUCGAUACAAGCUGGGAUACAGUCAAGAAUAAAGACAGACAUGGAGAGGAUCGUAAGAGAGGAGAAGUACAUCCGUGACCAGACAGCUGUCAUAGAUCAGAGCCUCCGCAGAUGUAAAGCACUGGCUAACAUCAUGGUGACGAUGAAGAAACUUGCAUUGGUCCAGGAUACCACAAUACACCGAAGCAAGAUGCUGAAAUAUGAAAAUGCUUUGGAAAAACAAACUGUAUUACAGACCGGAUCUUCGGCAACAGCUGUGACACCGCUACCACCUCCAGUGCCUCCACCACCAUCGUCGCCACCAGCGCCUCCGACUCCACCGACGCCACCGAAAAAUCCAGGCCUAUAUUCUGCGAAUUUCUCAAGUUCAAUAAACCAUAAUCAUGUAGAGAACGACUCAGCACCAGCCACACCGCUAACGGAGGAUUACGAGAACAUGGAAAUGAUGGUACCAAACGGGGCCCCUCCGCCACCGAGCAGAUAUUCAGUGCAAGACGUACAUCAAAAAUUCCAAAAGCCUCCUGAACUUGCAGACCAGAUCAAGAAUCUCAUCGACGAGGUAGCACGAAGACCAUCCCCUACUCCCGAAGCCAACGAACGAAGGAUGGAUUUGGAAAGGCGACAAGAACGCCUUGCUGAGAAGCAACGCCAGUUACGGUCUCAAUUUCAACAGCUGAAACAGAUGACGCCAUUACCGUGA